AUGAGGGAUCCCACUACCGAUAUGGAACAAAACUCACAGCAAAUGACCAACGGGUCAACGGCCUCGCGCCGCAAUCCGAAUAAAUCGGUCCGCGUUGCGUUUGGUCCUGAGCUAGAAACCAUGAUUCCCGCCCGUGAAAGAUCUCCAGCUGCGGUGAGCGGCCAUCAUCGUUCGCUCACAUCGGUUGAACAGAAGCAGCCCAACCUGGCGCUCUCCGGACGCCCAACCAGCUCGUCGGGAGAGAAUAGCGCCAUCGGAGAUAUUCCCCCUCGCCGCCCGUCGCCUCGGAGAUCAGAGAGUAGUCGACCGGCGAUGCUGAAGAGAGCUAAAAGUGACUAUGGGCCAAGUCGUAUAACCUUCGAUAAGGUAGCAGGCGAUGACGAUGAGGAUUUUGCUAUGCGACAUGGAUGGCAAGAGGAAUAUACCUCCAGUGAAUAUCUCAAAAUCUUACACUCGAAUUUCUACAUGUAUUUCACCGAGAAACGCCAUGAAACUAACGGUAUUCCCCGGGAUCCGGUUGGAAGUUGGCCAAGUCAGGACUGGCGCAUGAAAGAUCGCCUGAAGACUGUGUCUGCGGCAUUGGCCAUCUGUCUGAACAUCGGAGUCGACCCUCCCGAUGUUGUCAAGACGAACCCAACAUCGAAGCUUGAAUGUUGGGUAGACCCUACUUCGACCACUGGCGGUGGUCAAAACAAGAUCAUGGAGCAGAUUGGUAAGAAGUUACAGGAGCAAUAUGAGACCUUGAGUCUGCGAACAAGAUACAAGCAAUAUCUGGAUCCAUCAGUCGACGAGACGAAGAAGUUCUGUAUCUCCCUUCGCCGAAAUGCCAAGGACGAGCGGGUGCUCCUACAUUAUAACGGACAUGGAGUCCCGUUGCCAACCCAGUCAGGUGAAAUUUGGGUAUUCAACAAGAAUUAUACUCAGUAUAUUCCAGUCCCACUGUAUGAUCUGCAAUCCUGGUUAGCCGGGCCUAGUCUUUUCGUCUUCGAUGUUUCACAUGCGGGCAACAUUGUCCAAAAUUUCCACACGUUUGUGGAGAAACAUGAGAAAGAGAACAUGGAAGCUAAAAAGCGGGACCCGAAUGCCAUCGUUCAAAAUUAUGGGGACUGCAUUCUCCUCGCCGCGUGUCAGAAGACAGAGUCUCUGCCCACCAACCCAGACCUACCCGCGGACCUAUUCACAUGUUGCCUAACAACACCAAUCGAGAUCGCACUACGCUUUUUCAUCUUGCAGAACCCUCUACGAACAAACAUCUCCAUUGACGACUUCCGUGUUCCUGGACGACUACAAGAUCGACGAAGCCCUCUUGGAGAAUUGAACUGGAUCUUCACCGCCAUUACUGAUACUAUUGCAUGGAACACUUUACCCCGGGCUUUGUUCAAAAAGCUUUUCCGACAGGAUCUCAUGGUCGCUGCUCUCUUCCGCAACUUUUUGCUCAGCGAACGCAUUAUGCGCACAUACAAGUGUCAUCCAAUCUCAUCACCCGAAUUACCAAAUACGCACCAUCAUCCUCUAUGGAAAAGCUGGGAUCUUGCAGUCGAGAUGGUGUUAUCCCAACUACCUGCACUCAUUGACCAGGAAGAAGGGCGCCGGCAGUAUGAGUACCAGCACUCUACCUUCUUUGCCGAGCAACUCACUGCUUUUGAAGUCUACCUUUCUUCUGGCCCCACGGAGAAGAAUCCCCCCGAUCAGCUGCCUAUCGUCCUGCAAGUGCUCCUGAGUCAGGCACAUCGCUUGCGGGCUUUGAUCCUCCUGAGCAAGUUCCUAGAUCUGGGCCCAUGGGCUGUUCACCUUGCACUUAGUAUAGGCAUCUUCCCCUACGUCGUCAAACUGCUGCAAUCAGCCGCCCAGGAAUUGAAACCUGUUAUGGUUUUCAUCUGGGCGAGAAUCAUGGCAGUCGACCACACUGUACAGAACGACCUGCUCAAAGACAACGGCAUCCACUACUUCAUUUCGAUACUGAACCCUUCAUCACCUAUUCCCGUUGGAAAUGCCAGUGAGCACCGUGCGAUGUGUGCUUUCAUUGUGUCCAUCUUCUGCAAAAACUAUCCCCAGGGCCAGAAUGUCUGCCUUUCUGGCGAGUUGUUUGACUCGUGUCUCAGACAUCUUGGCGACGUGGAAAACCCUUUGCUGCGGCAGUGGUCAUGUCUGUGUCUCAGUAUGCUCUGGUGCGAUUUCCCGGAAGCAAAGUGGAUGGGCAUUCGUUGUUCAGCCCCCGCUAGGCUCUGUGAAUUGAAUUUCGAUCCCGUUCCCGAGGUUCGCGCUGCCAUGCUGCACGCUGUGACCACGUUUUUGGGAAUUCCAGAUCUGACAGACCAAGUGGCGCAAAUCGAGGAGACAUUAGCCCUAGCCGUCUUGCCAAUGUCUGCCGACGGUAGUGUAGUUGUUAGGAAAGAGCUCAUAGUCUUCUUCUCGACAUUUGUCAGACGCCACCAAAACAAAUUCUUGGUCGCAGCAUUUGAGGAGCUUGAGGAAGAAAAGCGGUCCCUCCGUCAGCGCUUCGAGAGUGAAACUCCACAGACUAGCCGCUCUGAGGGGCAGACUAAGGCACUUGUUCCACAUACAAAACAAACCCACUUAUCUCGCAACACCACUUUCGGGACAAUCUGGAAGCAGCUUCUGGCACUUUCAGUUGACCCUCAUCCUGACAUCGCCCAAGAUGCCGCAGUUAUCGUUGACUACGUCCACCUAGCUUUGUUGGAGUCCCCAAUGGCUCCACUCACCAACAAGCUUCAGAACGAGAUUUUAGAUAUCACAGGACUGUUGAAAAUCCAACCUCGCGAGCGGACCGAAGCAAAGAAAACUGCGCCACCCUCAACGCCUCCGACAUCUGGAAUUGUAGCUUCUAAGCAAGAAGGCUAUCUUUCAUUGGGUUUCAGGCGAACCGCCAGCGUGGCCGCUUCCUUGAAGAACCUUGCUUUUGGCAAUUUAACAACGGGAGAUGCUUCCUCAGACAGCUCGAACCCUUCCUCGCCUUCCACUAGCCGUAUGCCAAUCACUCCACGCGGCAGGGCCCCUCCCGAAUGGACCCGACCUCCAGAAGUGAAUGAUCACGUUGCUCCUGCAACUGCAUAUCACCAGGCUCCUAUUCCCACGUCCCGAGGAUUUGAGCCCAAGGGUCUUGAUGCUGUGCCGAUUAUUCCGCUGAAGAGCAGAUUCCUGGACUGGUCUACUGAGGUAUGCCCGGAUUUCGAAUUCAUCAAAUCACAAACCCAUUAUUAUCUACAUUUACUCACUAUUCCUAAGUAUUUCCGUGAACCUCAGAUGAAACCCAACGAGCCCGAUGAGCCCGGUAGCUCGGACUAUAACCAGCGUCUAUGGAGACGCGGUCGCAACGAAAAGAUUAUCGCCGAGACACAACCUCUCAAAGGUAAAGCUGGAGCGAGCCGAUGGGAUAAUUCGGUUGCUUUGCUAUCGAACGGUAGUCAACCCCACAAGAUGUGCUUUCACCAGUUCGAGGACCAUAUUGCAGUUGCAGAUGACCGGGAUACAAUCUCGAUCUGGGAUUGGCAGAGCCAUAAACGCCUCAACCAAUUUUCAAAUGGGAAUCCGGCUGGGUCAAAAAUCAACGAAGUUCGAUACAUCAAUGAGGACGACCAGGCACUUCUUAUGACUGGAUCCUCCGAUGGUGUGAUCAAGCUUUUCCGCCACUACGAGACUAAUAAGAGUAUUGAGGUGGUCACGGCUUUCAGAGCCCUUCCCGAACUAAUUCCGAGCAAUCGCAACGCAGGGCUUGUGCUUGAUUGGCAGCAAGGUCAGGGCAAGGCUCUAGUUGCCGGUGAUGUAAAGGUUAUUCGUGUCUGGAACGCUGCCACUGAAGUGUGCACCAACGAUAUCCCGGCACGAUCUGGCUCUUGCAUCACAUCUUUGACAUCUGACCAAGUCGCGGGCAACAUCUUCGUUGCCGGCUUUGGCGACGGUGCGGUCCGAGUUUUCGACCAGCGGUUGAAGCCCACCACAUCCAUGGUCAAAGUGUGGCGUGAACACAAGCAAUGGAUUACCAAUGUCCACAUGCAGCGUGGCGGUCUGCGAGAAUUGAUCUCGGGGGGCCGAAAUGGCGAGGUUCGACUUUGGGAUCUUCGCAUGGACAACCCGAUAUCCACCAUCUAUGCCACCAAAGAUACGCUCAGGACUCUGAGUGUUCACGAACACGCUCCUGUUUUCAGCAUGGGCACCAACCGCCACGAAGUCAAGACUUUCAAUGUCGAUGGCACCUAUCUCUCCACCUUCGAGCCAUACUCGAGCUUCCUUCAUCACAACCGAUCCUCCCCCAUUGCCAGCACGGCUUUCCACCCCCACCGGACUGUGCUAGCCUGUGCGGCCCUGAACGACCAUCAUGUAAACCUGGUCUCCUGUUAA